AUGCGGUUUGCGGUCUCAUCACUGUUGCUCGCCGCCGUGGGUGUGGCACAGGCGGCGUCGGCCUGGAGCUUCGACGACGGCAGCAUCACAAUAUCGUCCAAGGGCAGCAGCAACAAAGUGACGGAGAAGCUCAAUGCCAAGGCUUCGCUCGACAAGGCCCUCGUCCUCGGCAGCAACGACGUCGCCAAGAUCACACUGACCACCAAGGACAAUGGCAAGGAGAAGCGGCCGCAUCAGGCGUUUUUGUUGCUGCAAGACCCGGCAUCGGGUCUUGAGGCGCCCUUCCCGCUGGCCGUCAAGGAGAGCGGCAAGGGCUCCGUCCAGAUCUCCCACAAGGACAUUCCCGUGCAGCUCCUGGCGUCUGGCAACCCCAUCCACGCCCACCUCGUCAUCGGCUCCUUUGGCUCUGCCCAGGCCUAUGUCUCGUCGCAGGCGGGCGGCGGCCUCUUUGCGCUCACCCUGCAGCACGACCCCAACGCAGCGGCCCCCUCGUCGCCCGCGCCCGAGCGCUUCUCCAAGAAGGGCGAGAUUCACCACAUCUUCCGCGCCGACCCGCGCUCGCCGCCCAAGAUCAUUAGCCUGUUGUUUGUUCUGGCCGUGGCCGCGACGGUGCCCGUGCUGUUUGGCGCGUGGCUGCUGCUCGGCGCCAACCUGGCCCACCUGAGCAAGGCGCUGUCGGCAGCACCCCUUUCGCACGCCGCGUUCUUCGGCUCCAUCCUGGCCAUGGAGGGCGUCUUCUUCUUGUACUACACGUCAUGGAACCUGUUCCAGAUGCUGCCGGUAGCCGGUAUCGUGGGUGCGGUGGCGGUGCUGAGUGGCACCAAGGCGCUGGGCGAGGUGCAAGCGCGUCGCCUGGCGGGUGAGCGGUAA